CUUCAAUCACACAGCUAUUCGAACGCAAGAGACGCUUUGGAGUUUUCGCGUCACGCAAACGUAUUUCCCAACUCCAAAUACUCUCUUUCUUCUCCCCCCUUACUUACUUGCACAGAUUGCGCGUAAAUCGCGGUGUCAUUUUCCCGGAAAAACCCACAAGAUGCGCUUCCAUUUCUAUCCCAUUUGAAGACAAGUCAUUCGCAUUAUCGUAUCCAGUUUCUUUUUUUAAUUUUUUAUUUCUAGAAAAAGUCUUCACUUUGAGGUGUCUUUUAAGGAAAAAUUGAAAUCUUCGCUUGUGGGUUCUGCCGGAGUACUGGGUUUCCGGCUCUCCGGUCGCCGGACAGUCGACUCAAUUGACUAACACUAAUUUUUCUUCCAUUUCUUAGGUUUGGUUUUAUAUGGUAACAAAUUUUCUUUUUUUGCGAUCGAAAUUAAUACCGCUCCAUAAUAAGUCAUCAAACAAUUAGCAUCUCUCGUUGUCAUGUAAAUGGUCGACGAAUAGAAUCCCGUUUUCCUCUCUUUCGCUUUCUCUUCCCUCACCGAUAAUUUAUCAAAAUUUCCUCCUCUUCCCCUUCUUCCCAUCCCCUGUUCUGGUUUCCUCUGUUUUGCAGAGGUUGAAGAGAGAGAAACUGUGUCCCUCUUUCUCUCUCUUUCAUUUCUGCUUUCUUCCUCUUCCCCAUUGCUUUUUUUUUUUUGUCUUCAGAAGAAUGGCACUUCAUAGGGGCUCAAUGGAUUCAAAUCUGGAUAGCCUUCUGGUGUGCACCACCCCUGCUGUUUCUUCUCAAUCUUUGCCCAAGGGCGAGAUUCGGAACUUUAAUAAGCUAUGGCUUCCAUGUGGGCAAGAGAGGGUUGAGUACUUUACCUUGGCUGAUCUUUGGAGUUGUUAUGAUGAAUGGAGUGUAUAUGGUGCUGGUGUUCCUAUCAGAUUGGACAAUGAUGACACCUUAGUUCAAUAUUUUGUCCCUUAUCUCUCUGCCAUCCAGAUAUUUACCAGCACCUCUUCUGUUAAUUGUCUAAGGGAUGAGAGUGAUUCAGCUUGUGAGACUCGAGAUUCAUUUAGCGAUUCAUUCAGUGACGAAAGUGAGAGUGAGAAGCUGUCUAGAUGGGACGGAUGCUCCUCUGAAGAGGGCUUGUAUGAGCAUGAUGGUCUCUGGCAUUUGAAUGAUAGAUUGGGUUACCUCUACUUUCAAUACUUUGAACAAUCUGGUCCCUAUGGACGAGUUCCUCUCAUGGAUAAGAUUAACAGCUUAGCUCAACGACACCCUGGAUUAAUGUCAUUAAGAAGUGUAGAUCUUUCACCUGCUAGUUGGAUGGCAGUUGCUUGGUACCCUAUAUACCACAUUCCCAUGGGCAGAACCAUUAAGGACUUGUCCACCUGUUUUCUUACAUUCCACACGCUUUCCUCCUCUUUCCAAGAUAUGGACACCGAAGAUGAUAUUCUGGGGAAUGUGUUUAAAAAGGCGAAGGCACGAGGGGCUGUCCCUCUCCCGCCGUUUGGUUUAGCCUCUUACAAGUUGCAAGGGGAUGUUUGGUUAUCUGAAAAGAGAGGUAGGGAUAAAGAGAGGCUGGUGUCACUAUUCAGUGCCGCGGAUUCAUGGCUAAAGCAGUUGGGGGUCCAACACCAUGACUUUAACUACUUCGUCGGUAUGCGCCAUUGAUGAACUCCCCAACAUUUCAUCUAAACUCACUUGGAAGUGGGCUAGAAGAAAGAAGCAACUUUAUUAUUAUUUUUCAUAACGGCCCUAGAUCGUCCAGUUAGGUGCUUAGUGUGGACUCCUUUUUUACAUGACGUGACCAAAAUAUAAUAUCUUAAAGUUGAAAAUAAUAUUUCUUAAAACUUUUUUUUUGAGAAAUAUUAUUUUCUAAUGUCGAAGUAUUACUUUUUUUGUCACGUGAGACAAUUCCACAGGAGAUCACAUCCUGGUUUUUCACUGUGGCGUGCUACUGUUAAUUUUUAUUCAAACUGGCUUAGGGUCUGAGCUUUGGGGAUGUGUAUAUAGGGAAGAAAAUGUAGUCUUUGGGAGAGAUGGACAGUAAGGUUAUUCGGCCAUAAGCUUUCCGAAUGUGACUUGGCUUGGUUUGUUGUAAUUGAGCCGUGGCCGGCCUCAAACCGGGGCAUGCAAUGUUUGCUCUGCAUCUUGUUUUUGUACAAUGCUGAUAGCUUCUUGUUUUCAUCGUCAG